AAAAAAAGUUAGGGAGAGGAAAAUAGAGAAUGCUGAAGAUUGUGGAUCUUUGACAAAACAUAUCAACAGCAAAAAUACAAAGAGAGCUUUGAUGGAAGUAGUGGGCUGUUGAUAGAGAGAGCAUCUUUCAUCCUUGUUGGCCAAUCAGGUCAGCAAAAACUCGAUGAUUAACCCUUCUUAGGUCCAGAUUCUGGUUCACCAUCUGCCCUUCAGACAAAUCGUGCUGAGAGUGUGGGCUCUGAGCUUGUACCUGCAGGCUUUCCAACAGUGGGGCUGAUUAGCCAUCAGACUCUUGAUUGAACUGUAUUGAGAGUAAGUCUGCCACCCCUCACAGCCCCAUACCGGAACCUUUUCUCGGCCCAGCCUGACAAGGCUUGUGUGUGUUUAUGUAAAAUCUUCACACAAAGACGAUCCAGCGUGAGGUCAGAUCUGUCAACAAGCAAUGAGAGCUUCUUAUCAAAGUCAAAUGGCAGUGGGAGCAUCUUAGCUGCAAACAAGGAAACUUUUAGGAGCCAAAGUCCAAAUAAAGAGGACACCAGGCAUCCAGAACCUGAGAAGCAAAACAGUAGAGGACAAACAGAAAGUUCCAACAGAAAGAGCCAAAUUAGGAAUUUAGAGUAUAUUGGAAGGACUGAGACCUUGAAACUUUCACAUCAGAGAGCAGUUGGGAUAACCAUGCAUCCGAUUCAUCAGCGGGAAGCCAAGUAGAAUCAGAGGAUACUGGGAAGUGUCAAGAGUCAGGUUGCAGUGGGAGGAAUCAGGAGAAAUCUGAGCACAGUGGAAAGAGUCAAACAGGGACAGGGAACAGUGAGACUCCAGAGGAACCAAAAACAAGUGACUAAGAUACAUCAAAGAGUCCAAGCGUCCAAGCCUCUGAUCUCUCCAACACUCCAACAGACCAAGAGGACACUUCUGAUACAUGCCGGUCCAUAGAUUCACAGGUUGAACAUACUUCUCUAAAGAGAGCUCACAUUGUCGCAACAUAGUCGGUCAGCCCUUUAAUCUUCCUCCACACACGCUCUCUGCCCCCUCUCACCCCUGCCAUGCCCACCCUACCUGAGGAAGAGGAGGACUCUCCAGAAGAGCUCGAGAGUACGUCCAGCUCACCCUCCAGUUAUGCACCAGUUGAAAGCAAGGUGGUAACUGUAACCAUGACUCCACCAGCCAUUGUACUUCAAAGACAAGUCAGCAAGCAGGAGCCCUGUCCUCUAGAGAAAGCAAGACCACAUAGCCCUAGACCUCGCCUCUCCCGAAACUCUGCAUCCUUGAAUCCAAUCACCACAUUGGAUGAUGAGGGACACGUAAUCGAUCUGGUCAAGGAUCAGCUUCCUGAGCUGCAGUUAUCUGCAGAGGACCGUCAGAAGAAUCUAGAGCUGCUAGAGGAGGCCAAGAAAGUCAGCGAUCGCUUCCUGCAACGUAGGGGCAGACGAUCCACCUGCAGUCUUACUGAGUCUCCUACAGCCCUCUCACCAAACCCAACGCCAUGCUCCUCCCCCAUCCCAUCCAGAAGCAGUUCCCUCUCUGCACCGCUAGGUCCUGAGGUCACCACAACUCCUCCUGCAAGUCCCCAAGUCCCCCACACAACUCAGCGUUUGCAGGUGCCUUCAACCCAUGACCAUGGGGACACAAGUAAACUAGAACAGCAGAGCUUUACGAGACUCGUAGAGUGGAUGCCCAGUGACAAGCGAAAGGUGUCCUCUGGUACUUUAAGCCCGCGAUAUGCCACCGCUGUACCAGCCAGAGAGCCCACUGUGGUUCAGAAGGAGAACCCAGUCCAUCAGGGAAAGAACUCUGAACACACAGCCCAGAAAAAAGAGGAGACUCCUGGCUGUGGCAUCAAUCAACCGCCAGCUACAGGGGUAGCCAAACCCGUCCCCCGGCCACCCACUCAACAAGCCCCAUGUACGGCCGAAAUCAAAACAAUAGGAGCUUUCCCACCUCUAAUGAGAGCCGUCUCCUGGGACACAGUGGGCUCCAUGAACAUGAAGAAUGCAGCUCCCAAAGGAGAGGAGUGUCUCUCAUUCCCUGACAAUUCAAGGGAGUCGCUAUUUAAGUCCCCCGGGUACAAGGACUUCCCUGUGCUACCCGGGAACGUUCAGAAAUUGUCCAAAUUGCGUGAGGAGCACAAGCUGAUACGCAUCCAAAGUAUCUCGAGUUCAAAGCUUCCUGACCUGAGUGAAGCAGCUGAGCAGGAGCGAGGUCCACCCUCUCUACUCACAAGUUCUCCUAGUGAAGAAGAGAUGAAAGAAAAAGCUGACGCUAUGCCCAACAUUUCAGACAUCAUGCUUCACAAACUUAAACCGCACAGAGGUUUAUCUGGCUGUGCACCUCCGCUCUCAGAGAAGGAAGCUGAGAACACCUUUGUGCAGCUGUCACUGGCAUUUCGCAACGACAAUUACACGUUGGAGUCGCGGCUGAAACAGGCAGAAAGAGAGCGCAUCCUGACUGAGGAAAACACGGAGAAGGAACUGGAAGAGUUUAAAUGCUCUCUAAAGAACACUUCGUCACUGUGGCUGAAUGUCGAGCAGAGGGAGUUUUACCAGCACCUCAUAGAGACGGUCACUGUCUUACAUUGCCUGACCAACCGCCUCUCCAGCAGGGCUGAAAUGGUGGGAGCUGUCCGACAGGAGAAGAGAAUGAACAAGGCCACUGAGGUGAUGAUGCAGUAUGUUGAAAAUCUGAAGAGGACAUAUGAGAAGGACCACGCGGAGCUGAUGGAGUUCAAGAAGCUUGCCAACCAAAACUCCAACCGCUGCUAUGGGGGCUCAGUGGACACCGGAGAUGAUGGCGUUCCACGUGCAUCAAGAUCCAUGUCUCUGCAAAUGGGAAAGGCCUUGCCCAGACGACGAGUCAGUGUGGCUGUUGUUCCCAAGUUUAAUCUAUUGAACAUCCCCGGGCAGACUUCAGCCACCGCUGGCCCAGUCGGUGCACUUCCUGUGGUGUGUGAGGCUGGCACAAUUAAGAAUGGCAGUUCCACAGACCCCAAUCAACAAGAUGUGCUUGAGAAACCCAGUGAAAAUCCUCUGACGGAGCAGGAAAGUGAAACCAUGUCAAACAAACUUCUCUGCAGUCCAGAGAAGAUCAGUGAAGAGAUCAGAGCCAAGAUUGAAGAAGCAGCGUAUAACAGAGGAUACCAAGAAGGACUUAAAAGGAGUAAAGAACUUCAGGAACUUAAGGAGGAGGAAGAGAAAGCAGAAGAGAAGCAGAAGGAUUUUGAGGAGGAAAUACGAGGAAAUGCUGAUAAAGACAGGAAAACGAAUAGCAGGUUUGAGGAGGCACUGGAGAUCCUUGAUCGAAUAUUCCCAAAGUUCUUCAGAAGAAACCGAAUGCUUUGGAUCAUCCUCACUUUAUUCUUUGUUUCAUUCGUGUUUGUCAGCGUCAUAAACUUCUUUAGUAACCGCUAUAGUGACAGUGGCGACACAUCUGCAGAGAAGUCUGCCCUCGCAGGCAAGAAAAAGUUUUUUGGACUGAAUGUAGGGCCUAAGACCCCAGCCCCCGAAUGACAUGAUUCAUUCUCAUUGUCAUGGAGAGACGGAUCAAGGGAACUGAACAAACACCUUGGUUUGGCUACGAUGGCGUCAUUUUUCUUUAUCAUUAAACACAAUGUUGUUUCUGUGAGUCUUUCACUCUGCAUUUAGGAAAUAGCAGAAUUGUUUGUCAUUGUUUUGGGACCAAGUGUACUUAUUAUAAAUUUAGUUUACAAUGCAAAUCAUCUAUUUAAGGGUAAGUUGGGAUUUUGUUUUUGGGAAACAAACAUUUUAUGAGACAAAUGUCACAUUUGAUAGAGGUAUAUAAUUAUACCACUCAAACCUUCUUAUUAAACUUCUCAGGUUUUGUGAAAUAUAUAUUUGAAAUAUUACAUACAAUAUUAUAAACAACGUUUGGUAAAGGAUGUUUUAAAGUUUUUGCAGUUGUCUAUGUUGUUUAUUUAAAUUGACAUUCCAAGGUAGAUCCUGAAGUGCAAUAUUAGUUGCAGCUGUUAGUUGAAUGAGGUGUGUUGGGGUGUGCCUUUAGAGCACUGAUUUUAAUCGUACUGAAUUUUUCACAAGUUUAAAGAGCACUUUUAACUAGCAUGACUAAAUUCAUAUUUGCACAUGUGGGCUUGUGUUUACUGUUGUGCCACUUCGCCUUUUAAUAAAGGUGUUUAAAAAACAGACGUGGUUAUUUCCAGAGUACACGUGGUAUCUACUGUUCACAGUUUUCACAAUAAAGCAGUGAAUCUGAUGUAAUGUUGGGUCAUAUUUCAACCCAUAUUUAAAAGAAACAAAUUAUAUUUUGAAUUUAAAACUGAAGCCUAUCAUUAAAGGAAUAUUCCUAGUCCAAUACAUGUUAAGCUCAAUAACAGCAUUUGAGGCAUAAUGUUGAUUACCACCAAAAAUUGUUUUUUGACAUCCAUCCAUCCUUUUCUUUUUUUUUUUUUUUCUUCCCAAUUUGGAAUUCCCAAAGUCCUCGUGGUGGUGUAGUGACUCGCCUCAAUCUGGGUGGCAGAGGAUGAAUCUCAGUUGCCUCCAUGUCUGAGACAGUCAAUCUGCGCAUCUUAUCACAUGGCUUGUUGAGCACGUUACCGCGGAGACAUAGCGCAUGUGGAGGCUUCACACUAUCCAUGCAUCCACACACAAGUCACCACGCUUACCCCUCUACCCUCCCUAGCAACCGGGCCAAUUUGGUUGCUUAGGAGACCUGGCUGGAGUCACUCAGCAUGCCCUGGAUUCGAACUUCCGACACCAGGGGUGGUAGUCAGCGUCUUUACUCGCUGAGCUACCCAGGCCACGACAUCCAUCCUUUUCUUUAAAAAAAAGGCAAAAAUCUGGGUUACAGUGAGGCACUUACAAUGGAAGUGAAUGGGGCCAAUCUGUAAACAUUAAAAUACUCACUGUUUCAAAAGUGUAGCCACAAGACGUAAACAAAAUGCGUGUUAACAUGAUUUUAGUGUGAUAAAAAUAGCUUACUAACCUUUUCUGUGUAAAGUUAUAGCCAAUUUUAAAACUUUGUUGCCAUAAUGAUGCGACGACAUAAAACCUAAAACCCUAAAUCACCAUAAAACCAACAAUUCAAGCAACUUUACAGUUCAAAUAAUACAUAAGUUUUAACUGAAUAAUAAUGUUUUCAUAAAAUGAGAAACUUUGCAUUUCUGCCUUUAAACCCUCCAAAAAUUGGCCCCAUUCACUUCCAUUGUAAAUGCCUCACUGUAUGCUCGAUAUUUAAUCUUUUGUUUUUUUUUAAAUAAAAGGAGGAACAAGUCUAAAAAAAAAAUUGUGGUAAUCGACAUAGUCACAAAUGCUGUUAAUUGAGCUUAACCUGGAAUAUUCCUUUAAGAUUUUUUACAUUGUGACAUUAUUUUUAUGACAAUUAAGCACAUUUCCCCCAAAAUUCUCAUUACUGUAAUGUGU